AUGGAAGCUGGAGCUCAUGAUGGUACUCCAGAAAAUUCUGAUACUAGUGAUGUGAUCAAAAGUUUGAGUCAAAAAUUUUCACCAGAAGCAUUGCAAAGUGCUUUGAAACUUGCAGUGGCUAUGAAGAAUGCUUCUCAAGAGGAAUGUGAUUCCGUGAUGAGGUCGACAUCCCAGCCAAAUGAAGCACUAGAUUCUGAGGAGAAACCGUCCUUAGAGGUUGACCGUUGUGAUAAUGAUAAUGGCCUUGAGAAACUUCAACAAUUAUCUGAAUUAUUAGAUCAAGUUGAUGAGGUCAGGAAAGUUGAAGAGGAUAAUAGUGAGAGAGGCAGUGUUGUCAUUAACGGACUGGGAGAGGGUAAAGACAACCAUAUAGCAGAUGAAAACGCAGCUACUGAUGAUAAUUCUUAUGAAACAGAAGGUAGAAGUGUCUUCACUACAAAGGAUGAUCAGAGGUUUUCUGAAGUGGCUGAUGAAAAGGACAAGAUAGAAGAUCAGAUUAGAUUUGAAGAUGAUGGCAAUAUUGGUGAUUGUGUCACAGCUGUAGCUAUUGAUGAUGUUAAUGCCUUAUUGGAUGGAAAGGAGGAUUGCAAAAAUGACUGUGUUACUAAUGAAAACUCAGCACAUCAACUCAGAGAGACCACCAGUAACAGUUGUGUUAAUUCUGUUGACAAAAGCAUUGUCACUCCAAUUGGAGAGCAGAUGUCUGAAUUUCCAUACAAUGAUGAAAGAUUGGCAAUAACAUCGAGUACUGCACAUGAAAAUUCUGAGAGUUCCUCAACAGGAUGUGCUAGUUCAAGCGAAGAUGAAGAAUUACCUGAGUUAUUGCGAGGCAAAGCUGAGGAUAGUUUCUCUGAGAUUGAAGAUGUAGAUGGGAAAGAGCCUGUGGGAGUUGUUUCUGUGGAAAGUGAGACCACUGAAGCCUCUGUUCUAGAGGGAACACUUUCCAUGUAUCAUGCAUCUUCUGUACCCCAGUCAGAAGCUGUGGAAUCUGAUAAAUCCAAAGAAGAUUAUGCUGAAUCAUCAUCUUCAUCAGAUGAAGAUGAAAUGGUGUCAUCUACACAUUCUGUGGUGGCAUCAAGUGAAAGUGACCUAUCAGAGGCUGUUGUACCAAGUGGAUCAUUAGCUAAUCAAUCAGAAAAGUUGAAGGGGAGUGCAAAGCAAUUGGUUGAAGAGACCCAACCCUCCUUGCUAAUGACAGGAUUUAAGGAUGAUGAAGUUGCUGUUAAAGAUGAUGAAAUGAUUCCUGAAGAUGUCAGCAAAGAACCUCCAUAUGUCACUGCCCCAGUCUUAGAAAGGAUGUCAUCAUUGUCUUCAACAGGCACACAGACAUCACUUGAAAACCUGAACCUUGUAAAAGAUCCGAUACUUUCCGCCCAUGGAAACCUUGACAGCAUCCUUAAUGGCAAAGAGCAUCACACAUCAAAACUUCCUUUCUACUACCAACCACAGAUUGUCAUGCAUGAAGAGAAACCUGUUUUAGUGCUUCAACCUGUGCCAUCAUCAACCUCUUCAUCAAAUGGUAAUGCCAGUGUUCCAGGGCUAGAAAGUAGUGCAUUUAAUGCUUCACUUCCAAUCAUUUUACCUUUAGCCUCACCAAGCAUUGAUAAGAAGACAAAGGAAGCACUUUUUCAGAGAAUGAGCCAGGCAGGUACAUUUCUUGUGGACAAAGAUGAUGUUGAAGAAGGUGAUGCUAACGAGAAAAAUUAUCUCAGUGGUUUGUUAUCAAGAGCAAUUUCUAUCAUUUCACAACCAAAUGGUAAAGAAAGUGGGGAACAUUUACUGGACUCCAAAGGGUAUGACAAACCUACAAUCAAGAUUCCAGCAGCAGAAAAAUAUUCAGAACACCAAGAUGGAGGGAAAUCUGAGGGAUUACCAGAAUGGGUGGCUUCAUCCGAACUUGACAAGGCUUUCUCUGCAGCAGCAGAGAGAAUGCCUCCAACAACAGAACAACAAUCACCUGCCAUACUUGCAUCUCCAAGCGUCAGCUUCCCAAGUACCAAUCCUUUUGCUAAAGACUUGGUCGUUCAGAAAUCUGGACAUUAUGAUGUUGAAGCAGAUAGCUCAUUAAACCCUGGUAUGGGAGAACCACCACUAUAUUCUUUAUUUGGUCCUCCAAGUUCGCCAACUGUACUUCAGGGUGCAAGACCAAAGGAAUUCAGGGCUUACCAGGAUCCUGGGAUUGGUGACAGCGGAACAAACCCAUUCACUCCAGAUCCUCCAAAGAGUACCAAGCAAAGAAGAAGACAUGAGCAAAAGUCACCCAGUUCUGCUGAAGUGGUAGUUGCUGCUGAAGUGCAUUCUUCUGAAGGCCACCCUGGAGAGAUAAAUGGAGUCUCACACAGAUCUCCUAGACGUAGACUGUCAAGCGAGUCCAUGGUUACACUGAUCGAGACAUCAUAUCCUGACACAUCUGCUGAUUAUGUUGAACCACCUGGUAUAGAUGAAACAUCAAGAGCAACCAAAAAUCCUCAACUACAACAGGAGAGAAACGAAAAUAGCCACGUUGUACAGAAACCACAAAAGACACUGCAGGAAAGUGGGGAAAUCCAUUCAGAUACUAAAAAAGUCAAGCCCAAGACAAAAGUGGUAAGCUUAUCAUAUAUUGUCCAAGGUAGCCCAUUGUUUUGCGAGGGUUCUCCUCAAGUUGAUUGUUUUGAGAGUGCAUCAGCAUUUUUGUUGAUAUAGAACUCUGACUAGCAGGUCAAACUUUAUGCUUUAAAUAAUCUUUUUUUUUUAUUGAGUUUAUUAUGGGAAUAUUUAGCAUCUUUUUAUUGUUGCUGGUAUCAAACAUGCAAAUUUGCCUUUCUUACAACCAAUCGCUUUUAUUUCAAGAAUUUAUUGAAAAGUGUUCUCAUUAUAAUUUUUCUUUCUUCAGAUGUUUGAAAGAAUUCUCUAUCUGGUAAAUUUCCCAAAAGCAGCAGUCUCUGAAAGUCAUUGAAUGAUACAAUUUAGGCAAUCAGAUAUAAUGAACCUUUUAAGUCCAAAGAUCCAACCCUUCUGACUGCUAUGCAUUUUGUUGUAAAUUAUAUUGGAGGAUUUGGUGUAAUAUCAAGGUGACACCUUCAAGUUGAUAGGUUUGUUUGUUCAUAUUACCCUUUGGCAAGAUGAGAUAUUGGAAUCACAAGGACAAGUUACAUGUAAAUCACUUUUGGGAUUAAAGGGUCAGGAAAAUAAAAAUUUUGAUUAAAUUUGUAGUUUAUUGACUUUAUGUGUGACUGUUUGAUUACAACUGUGUCGUCUAAUGGGUGGACUGGUUCAGGAAAUUACAUCAAGUAUUUGAUUGUAUGAAGUUGAGAUAUCAAGAAAAAUGGUGUUGUUUUUUGUUCUUUUUUUUUUCUAGCCUGGGAAAGUGGCCCCUUUCUGGAUACCGGACUUUGCCUGCACCAAGUGUACUGGCUGUAAAGUAAAGUUUACACUUUUUAUCAGAAAACAUCAUUGCAGAGGUUGUGGAAAGGUAAUCAACUUUUCAACUCUGUGAGAUAAAGAUUGAGAAAGAUUAUCAUGGAGCUAGUUUCUCUAGCUAUGGGGCAUCCUUGCAUUAGGAGUGCUAUCUCUUCUCAAAGCUCUUAGUUAUCUGUUAGCCCUUGGAACCCUAAACCUGACUAGCUUCUAAUUUCUCCAUGUAGUAAUUCACCCCUGAAUCACACAUGAACCCUUUAAAUCCCAAACCUGAUCAACAUGAAACUUCUCCCUAUCAUAUCCUUACAAUACCUAGCAAACAGCUAAUGAGAAUAUUCAAACUUAUUAGGUAAAAGUUGUUGUCUUGAUCUAACACCAAGUUCUCUUAACUAAUUUAGUAGGAAAUGUGUAGCAGCUAGAGGGGAGAGUUUCCAAUCAGAUCUUGGGGGUUAAAGGGUUAAGGUCAUGAGAAUAAAGGAAAUGAUCACUGACCAAAGGAUUUCUUGAUUUUAUGAAAUUUAAAAAACGAUCUCUGGCUAAAACUUUUAAAAAUACAAGCUUUCGGCUGUUUGCGCUACAGCCUUCAAUGGGUAAAAUGAUAAAAAGGUAAAUUCUUAGUUAUCAGCAUUUUUAAUUUUUACUUUGUACUUCAUACCUAGUAUUUUUUACCUUUUUAUCAUUUUACCCGUUGAAGGCUGUGGCGCAAACAGCUGAAAGCUCGUAUUUUUAAAAGUUUUAGCCAGAGAUCGUUUUUUAAAUUUUAUAAGAUGUUUUAUCCUGGCUGCGGCCCCUCUAUGAUUUCUUGAUUGUUAAACAAAUUCUCCUUGUUAGCACUCAAGGAAAUAUUUAGAGAACAGUAUGGAGAAUAUACACAGUGAUGUUAGGAUGUAAAGGGUUCAAGGAGCUUAAAGUAAUUUUAUUGAUGGUGACCCAGUAACCAAGAAAUACAAUUGCCCAGUUCUCUUCUGCAAUGUAGAGCUUGUCACAAUUGAUGAAGAUCAUUGUACAACAAUUGCAAUGGAAUUUUGUGAUAUGAAAAAGUAUUGACGUAGUAUAUGUAUUGUUUUUCUAUUAACCAGAUAUUUUGUAACACCUGCUGUUCACAAUUAGCCAGAUUUCCCUACCUACAGUUCAAAAUUGGUAGAGUUUGUAAGUCAUGUACCAAGGCAAUAAAAGAAGGUAAUUUCCUGAAUAAUUUUAUCGUAAUUUGUGUGAAAUCUGGCACAAAUGGUCCAACAUCCUUCUGAAUCUUGAAUGUGUUGUUGAUAAGAUUGAUUUCAAGGGCAUGUGAACUUUAUUUGUGAGGGUUUCUUUAGCAUGGAAUGAGUUUAUCUAAUUCAAAUGUUUAGUAGCCAGAUUGGAGAAUUUCUCAGAUUGGAGAGUUACAGGGUAAUUAUCGCCGUUUAAUUUUUUUUCUUAGCAACUCAGUUGAAGUCAAAGGAAGACGCAUCCAAACAAGAACAGUUGCAGCAACAAUCAGACUCGCCAGCUUCAAUCCAGUAUCCAAAGGGGUUGUCCCAGAGAAAUGAGGUGACCAACGCAAACGGACAAGGAAAUUCACCAUUGCUUCCACAUAGUUCAGUCUUGCCUGCCACAGGCUCACUUCCCCUUGCACAAGGUCCAAGGACAGCCACGCCGUCCAGUGGGCUUGUGCCAGUAAAUCAAGGGUUACAGGGAAGUGUUUCAAGCCAGUCUCUUCCAUAUCAGCCAUUAACAUGGCCACCAGUGUCUUCCGGGAGAGUUCAAUAUACUACAACACCAUCACAACCUGUUGUGCCCUCAAAUAACCCUUUACAAGGAUCCCAGAGUCAUACCAGACCUGCUCAGCCAGCUAAACAGUACAUGUGGGUGCCUGCUUCUCAGGUUCAACAACCAGCUGUACCAGUUGUUUACAUGAAUCCUGUUGCACCUAAUUUACAAGGGGGACCCAUGUUGAUGACCUAUCCACCAGGGCAGCAGUUCAUUCCGCAGCAGGCUCCAGUUAUGCUGCUUGCUAACCAACCAUCUUCUACUUCAUCCUUGGUUCGGACAACUGAAGCACCUAAGACCUCGAGUGACAGUUUGAAAGGCACAGUCCCAGUUUCAAACCGAUCUCCAUCUGGGACAGUGACAACUUUUAGUGUCUUGCCACAACAUGUGGGACAGAAUGCGGUCCUUUCUGCUCAGGGCUACAAUACUGGAACUGUGAAAACAACAACAACGACGACGACACCAACAACAGCCGCAACUAUAAAUAAUCAAGUUUCCAGCAAUUCAAGUUCAGCUCCCUCAAGUCAAAUACAACCUCCCUCGUCACAGUCACUUCAGAAAACUAUCCCAGAACCCGGUGAAGAGGCUCUCACUACAAACCACAGCCUUCCUUCUACUUCUGCACUUGAUCACACUCCUUCUCAUGCGAUUACCACCACUUCACCAUCUCCAAGGGUAUCCUCUUCUGUGAUGAGCAGCUCAAGCGGAGACCAUCAAUCUCAAGAAAGUCUUAGCAGAAUCCAACGUUCAAGGCAAUCGGAUGGUAGUGUUCUUGUUACUGAUGAAACAGACCCAAGCACUAAAGAAAUCAAUCUACCGUUUAGAAGGGCAGGAAGGACCAUUACGUGGCGUCACAGAACUCAAGGAAAGAGCAAAUUACAAGAGCAGAAGAAGUCUUUAGCAAAAGAUUUGAGAGGUUAGUGUUGCCACUCAUAAGGAAGGGACAAUUAUGACUAUGUUUUUCAUCGUCUUUUGAAUCUGACAUUAAACAAUUCUGUUCAUUUGCUCUGACGAAGGGAUAAGUCUCAACAUGUCAGCCUUUAAACUCUUUACGGUGGCCAAUUUAUGUUAUGUAGUCGGUUGAUAAUAUAUAGAUUUAGCCAAGCCUUAUAGUGGAGCUCGCAUUUUUUUUCCCGCACGUCUCAAAGGGCACAACGCCUUGCCCCGGCCAGGACUAGAGCCCAGUGCACUGACCACUGGACUACUGAACAAAGCCUUAGCGUUGGCGUGCCCGCGGUACAGUUGACCACGCAUGUUAAAAGUAGCACCUUGUACGGUCGGUCGUACGGUCGUACAUCCAAAUUUUUUCGGCUUGAUGGGUUACUACUAUUUUGUAUAAUUAUGGGGCUACGCUCUGCGAGCUCCGCUAAUACUAAAUUACCCUGUUAUACUCUCCCACCGACGCAGCAUCACAGUUCAAAAACUUUAAACUUUAAAAACUUGCCCUCUGAACAAAUUAUCUAUUCCCUUUGAUAAUUAAGGUGAAAGGAAAUAGUUUUCAGUUUAUGAUGAAAAUAUACUUGGAAAUCGAAAGUUGUUGAAUCUCUAAAUUUUUCGGUUGUUUUCUUGACGCUUCAGACCUAACCGAUGGCAUAACAGUUCAGACCACAGCAGACCUCCUCGUUCACGUCAAGAAAAUGAAAUGUAAGUCUCUGUUAUAGAGUUAACGUAGUCUUAGCCUAAGAUUCCAUUUUAUUUUGAGGUUAUUUGGGUAUUCUUAACUAAGCUGUAUAAUUUUUUUGGUUACCUAUUUUGAUUCAAAAAUGUUACUUUUUUACAAUAUCACAAGAGAGUAAGGAAAACUCCCUCACCCCGAAAUUUAACCAUCCAGAAAAAAACAAAACAAAUCCCAAUACAUACUUUUCUGCUGCAGUGUUUGAUCAUAGUUAGACUAUUUUUUUUUUCUUUUUUUCGUUCCAGUAAAAGAGGGAAACAAAGUCAUUACAGUGUGGUGCUACCAGAGUGAGGGUCUCACCAAGUUUAAUCACUUGGAGGUAGUGGUUUUGUUGGAAAUACGGAAAAAGGAGGAAAUCUUUCCUGAAGAAGUUUUGCGGGUCUAUAGAGGCAUUUUACAUCUUGCUUCAAAAUUGGGUGAGUACUUCACAGCAAGGAUACACCUAAUGACGUUGUCAUAGGAAAAAAGCAAAGACAAAAGAGGAAAAAGCCAAAUAGGAACUUUUUAGCAUAAUACGCUACCAUCUGGCCAUGUGCCCAACAGCCGAACAAUUUUCACAGAAUCUCCACAAAAAAAAUUAUUUCAAACUUCUUGGAAUAUCAGAUAUUGUUUGAAAAAUUCGAAGCGAUUCCAAAAAGUAAAAAAGAAAAUGACAUGUUUAUGGCGUCUGUUAUAUGCCUAUAAAUUCGACUUUGGCUUCAUCCCUCUUUUCCUUUUUCUAUUUUUUAUGACAACGUUACCGCUGCAAUAAGGAGUAUUACUUACUAAUCGAUUAUCAGUAAGGGUUGAGGAAAGCAGAAAAGUAACCACGGACAGACCAGCACGGACAGCGCUAAACACUGUUUUCCGACCCAAGAAUCAAGAACGUUCGCAACGUCAACCGUUCAAUAUUUCAAAUCAACAUUUUGUUAAUAAUCGAAUGACUCACUAAGUGUGUCACUUACCAGCCGAUGCAACUUAAUAGUUUCCUUAAAACUGAUAACUCUGCUCAAAAAUCAGCAAGGGUCAAAGGAACUGCGAUUUCCUCAUGGCCCGUGUAUUUAUUUGUCUAACUUGGUUUGUUUGUCUUGUUAGAUUAUCGUUUUUACCAUUGUAACUAUUUGUCGAGCAACAACCAGUUUCUUGACAGUCCAGAUGAUGCUGGUUUUAUUCUUGUCUCCAGUGAACUUAAGGUGAGAAUUAAUUUAGUGAAUAAUAAUCACCGCCGCCUGGUUAGCUUGUUCUAGGUGUUCACUUCGUAAACCGGGGCGAAAUUGUAAACAGCGCGAUAGUAGCGGAGGAAUGAAAACGAGGGACUCGACCCAAGCCUCACUCCUUCUUUAAGUCUUCCGGUACUAUCGCGUCGUUUACUAUCUCGCUUCGUUCUAAUUCCUAAACGCGUGGAACAAGUUACCGCCUGGUCAGCUCAGGUUGAAGAGCGCCAGGCUACCGUGUGGUCACUGUCCCAGAUGGAGAGGGCCCAAGCUUCAGACGGGACUUGAGAUAACUGAGGAGAAUUUUCUGCCUUUGCUAUAACAUCUGCAAAUGGUUAGACGUUCGAAUCUUCUCAGAUGAGGACGAUGAACAAAAGGCCCCGUCUCCUGCCCCUUCUCUGUGCUGGUUAGCAGGGGACGUUAAAGAGCCCACGCACCUCUCUCAAAGAGUAGUGCACUUAGUUCCCGUUAUUGUGGUUCGGGUUUGAUUCCAAAAUUUUCAAAAUUGGGGGCAGCUUUAAAAUUUCCUUUCAAAAUAGUAAACUGCUUGUUAAAGUCUAGCCAAAGACCUCGCAAAUUGUUGUGAAGUGCAUUAGAGUCACAUCAUAAUAAUAUCAAUAAUAUGGAUAACAAUAGUUAUGAUAAUAACGAGAAAAAGGAAAACGGGGGAGGGGAGGGCUGUCACCACAGGGGCAUCUUAUAAUUGAUGUAUAUUUAUAUUGAUACGUUUUAUUAAAUGUGCCAUUACAGCCCAGACCUAUGGGAUUAAAAGGAAUCACGACACCUUUCUUGUACGGAAUCCUGGUGAAAAGGUCGGAACUUUCUGCUGCCAUGUUUACACCAAGCAGGCUUCUUCUUCGAUUGGGAAAUCAAAUGAACUGUAAGUUCAACGGAGUAAUUCCGCUUUACAUAAGUAAAGUACCAUUCGGUUAUCGACUAGUGUUGUGUUUAAGUAGUGAACAACGUUUUAAAAAAACGUGAAAAACUUUAAUCGCUAGACUCAUACCACUUGCUUACUGAACUAAAUCCAACCUUAUGUAACCUAAGUACCAUGAAUAACUAAUUAUAUUUACACAGCUACUUACAUAACAUUACGUGACGAAAGGUGAUCACAACAAAUUAUUCGCAAGUUCACACUAAGUGCGAAGCCUAUUUACAAUCGACACUACAACUAAUCGUUGGUUGAUUUUGAAAAUAACUUAAAAUGAAAAGCGGUGAACAGGAGUGUUACUCGCGUUUGCUCUUUAACACCCACGAGUGACCAAGAUGGAAUUUCUCCUUACAAUAUCAAUACGAUAUCAAGCAGACAAGAGACGAGAAUAAAGGAAAAUGUCAAUUAGGGAGUUCCUAGUUGGUUCAAUGCCAAAUUCUUUUUAUUAUUACUCUAUGAGAAUUGUCUAGCAGACAGUAAGGAGAGUUACUAAUUAGAUAUUGGGAGUGAAAGGGUUAAUUUACGUCGGGAAGGUGCCUGCAGGGCUUCAAUUGUCGAAAGUCCAAAAAAACCCUCAAAUGGUGUUUAGUCUGUGAAUCGCUCGUUUCACUAGAUUCACCUUUUGUGCAAAUCUACCUUGGUUAUAACAGAGCUGAGGUUUAUCAAGUGAAUUCCUGUGUUGAAAUCGAUUAUCCACUGGUCGUUUGUUUAUUAAGAUAAUAAAUUAAAAUGGAAAAACUGCGAAAAGAGUUUUACUCGUAUUAAGUUGUGUCAGAAUAGUGCGUACAAGGUCUGUGAAGCGCUCAGUCUUUUCAGUACAGUAGUUGCACCUCAGAUAUCGGGUAUUGUAGAAAUCUACCUUGGUUGUAACAAAGCUGAGGUUUAUUGCGUUAAUUUUUUUAAAUUCAUAAGCAAUUUCUUUAGGAAAAUUUCGGUGAAAAAGAGCGGAGGUUCGCGCGUAAUCCGUAAAAUUUAGAGAGUCAACAGACCCAAAGGGUGUUAUUGCACAAAUACAUUCUACAAACUUUUACGUUGUUGCCUCUUAUAUCAAGACGUGGUACUCAGUUUUGUAAAUAUUAUUGUUUUCCAAACAGCUUAAAUAGCGGUAUUUGUUUCUUAAACAGGUUACCCGUUUCCUGUGUGGAAUAAUCGAGAUCGAAGGCCAAUAUUUCUCGGUAACGAGCAUGACGACAGAUUUUUUCACACUGUGUUUGCCAUGAACAAAUACUUGGUACGUAUGUUACAUUUUCCGUUUGUUCUUUACAGAUGACGACUUUUUAUUCAGAGCGCAACCACGAUCACGAGCGCGGUCUGAAAGAGGUUUGAAAGGUGUCUGGCAUUUUCAGUGCCAGACCUCCGGCAAACCCUCCCGCGACUCGUCUCCAUUCUUCCCAUAGGCGGAAACGCGCGUCCAGCAGCGCUGACAUUGAGGGUCUACUCACAGGCUAUCGUGCGUAUUGCUGGGAAGGAGGGUAGGGCUACACGUAGGCUAGGAUCAGCAAUGUAGAAAGCGCCACGUGAGUAAAUAGAAUGAGACAGGUGAUGAUUUUUCUCUUUCUUUGUUUAAUUUAUUUCGUAUUUCCUUUCCAGAAAAACGGCGUGCCCGAGGCUAUGAUUCCUGGCCUGUAUGUGAUUAAGGAAGGAAACAAAAUUGUCUUACAGAUCCCCAAAAGUGGGCAGAGCGCGGUAUGUUUAUGUUUCCAUAGUUAUCCGUUGAAUUGUGUAAUUCUCCCAAGACCAAUUUCUCCUUGUCAGCACCCUAGGAAAUGUAUAGAGAACAGAAUGGAGAAUUUGUAUAUUGAUGUUAGGGCGUAAAGGGUUAAAGGAGCCGUGCUGCGUUUCGGUGCGUCCAAAAACGUUUCCAAGUUCGUCAUGUGCAACCCGUUUCAAUGUUCUCCUUCUUUACCAUUGGUUUUUAUUGAAGCUACUUUUGCACGUUUACGCGUCAUGAAAAGGUCGCUGCUGCUUCUGUUGCUCCUCUACCACGCACAAUACCAAUUGUAGUCUACUUCGCAGCUUUUCUUUGGCAUGUCACGCACUGCCCCCCCAAAAGAAGAGGAACGUUGCGUGACACUCCAGACACGACCGUCAUAAGGAUUAACUCAUUGAUUACCAUCUCAAUUCUCCCAGGUUGUGGGUCUCUUGGAUCGUCUGAUAAAGAAGGAAGAUCAAACAGCCACUGUGCCUCUUUUGGCUGACAUACCGCCAUAUUUGGAUAACUGUAAGGUUGUGGUUUGCGGUGAAAACGGGAAAAAGACAGUGAAAUCGUUCGGAAACACAAAUAACACUUCAGGUAAAUAGAUAGUAAACUUCACGUUGAUAAUUCUCUCCUUUAAACUGUUCGCGCACUGAUCAAUCUUAUCUGCUCACGGUAUUCAAGUGAACGAUGGGUGAAUCUUGAUCCAUAUUACUUUUCAUCGGAUGUUAGCUGUGAGAUUAUUAUGAAUAUUACAUACCUUCGGAUUAAAGAGUUCUUUUCUUUCAUAGGGCCGCGCGCUCGAGAAUCCACGCUUUUAGAGCAUUCAAGGGUCGCGCGGCUCACUCGAGAAUUCACUCUUUCGAUUCGGCGUUGUUACGGAAAGGUAAAAAAAAACUACAAACAAACAAACGAGGUUUUUUUCACAAUCUAAAUAAUUGGUUUUGCUUCUCAGUUGUAGGUCUGAGUUUUGUGUUGCUUCAUCUCGGAGUUGAUGCUUCCUCGCCUCUUAACUUUGGAGGGGAGCUUUUGGACGGUAAGGGUGAAGGAAUGAGAUAGACAGCACAUUGUGGGGUAUUUAAUGUACAAGGGUGUCCUAGAGGGAAACCAUUCUAUUAUAUAAACUGAAGUGUUUUAGAAGGAUUUCCAGCCAUGAGAAAAGCCGUAACUGCCCACGUGUACAAUUAUGAAUAUUUUUUACGUGUGUUUGAUAUCAACAAUCAGCUGCUAACACGUCACUUACCUUUCGCAACACUCUCUCAGGUUCACUGAUUAACAAAUAAAACUUUUCCUGUCAGUAAAGGCCUAGGGUGUUUAUAUAACAAACACAUUGAUAGGUGAUGGCUUGAAGAUAAGGAGUUUCUCUUCUCGUGUUCAUCUUAUAUCUCACUCUUUUGCUAGGCUCACUCGUGAGCUAUCGUGUUGAACCUUCGAAGAGAAAUUCCAUAUCUACGCACUCUUAUGAUAUAUUACUGCCUGGUUAGAAGUGUAAUGGGAACUGGUAAUGAUGAAAAAUAAAAUUGUGUCUUCCUCUCAGAGGAUAUGCUGGGUUACGGACCUCUUUGUCGAUCAAAAUUGAAUAUCAAGUGGUUGGGAGAACUACUUGAUCUUCUUUUCGUUAUUUGAAGCUUGGGGUAAGAUUUAACAUUUUUCAUUUGCAGAUGGCGUCCUGAUUUUCUUCUCAAAGGCUCACACGCUUAAGCUCCGACAAAGCUUGCAAGGGAAAACCAAUUGUUAUUUCUUUCUGGGCGAUAAAUUUGAUAUCGCUCAUUUUGAGCUUCGUUGGAUGGCAGACGUUAAUUAUCACGUGUUACCGUCACCGUCCCAAAACAGCGAACAUUAUCCUAUGAGGACGACCACUGAGGAUACGACACCAAAAGAGCCAGGGACCGCCUCUUUUCCAGGCCACGCAACCAUCAAUGUUCAAUACUCGGGAUUUGGAGACGAGGUUGAACUUUUGAGAAAAGUGUUUGACGACUACGGCAAGAUCCUGCGAGUCUUGGAAGGAGACAUUCGUCAAGCAUGUACGGAGCCACUCAUGAAACACUCCAAAAAAAUGAAAGCAGGCGACACCGAGGAAUUGCAAUUGCGUGUUGUGCUCAAACCAAGUUACAAGGUAAGAGAAGCGUAAUGAAAAGUGCAGUGCUCGCAACAUCUUCUUCGCUAGCCUGUCGGGCACUGAGACUAUAUUUUGUGAAUAGUUUUUGUAUGAAUGAUUCUUUUGUGUGAACUGUCAACUUUCCAACAAAGGUGGAGCGAGGAACUUUCGAAUUUUGACCUCUAAGUUGUGAUCAUGAUUAUUAUAAACUCUGGUUUCAACUGCCUUUACUGAUUUACUCAACACGUGGCAUUCUUCUAUUCCUGUAUAGAAAUGGUCUGUAGGUCCCAGUAAUUUGCCAACAGCUUUGAUCCGGUCUCUUCAAAUGGUUCUUCACACGGUCAAGGUUCCCAUGGUCUUUGAAGGAGAGCUGGUGAUGAGUUUCUAUGUCAGUGUUCUUAAACAGUAGUAUUCCUUAGUGGUACGUCCAUGUUGCACUGGAAACGUAAGGAAAACGUUUUUAACUGGUUAUAGCAUUUAUUAAAAAGUAGAUAUUUAAGAUAAAUUUACAUGUGUAGAUGAAAGAGUAAUCUUGGUAUCCAAGUAGUGACCUUCAGAGAGUUAUGUAGAAAUUGUGUAAUUAUGUUUAGUUAUAAGGAUAGUGUAAAUGUUGCCUUUUGAUGGCUGGUCUCAUUUAUCUCCGUCCAGGUCAGGUAAAGCUAAAAAAAAAUUAUAAUGCAGUUAUUCAAAGAUAUAUAAAUAUCAUUGCGGCCCAGAAAAUACAUAACACAUAUCUGGCUGUUCGUAAAAGUGUUGUGCGUGAUAUCUAAGAAAUCUCUGCAAAGUUGGUGCUUGCAAUGUUGACUGGGUUUCUCUGCAAGCAGAUAAAUAGAUGGUUGAUCUCGCUAAGUUAGAAGUUAAAUGAUAAAAACAAAAUGAUUAUCUGAUUAUUUUUGUAGCGAAGUAAAUAGUACUCGUCUGUUUCGAACUUUUGAUACAGCCAUUUAUUUGUACGGACGUAUACUGCCUAUUACUGCAGGGGUUUUUUCGUAGAUAGAAUUGUCCCCCCAAUCUUUAGCCCCGUGACUAACUUACCCAACCACUCACAAAAACCCAGCCUCGAAAAUGAAGCUUGUGAAAGAUACAACCCUUAACGGGCGGGAGGGGUAAGCUGUUUUUCCCCAUACCAGGUUCAUAAAAGUUACGUAUAGUUUACAGUUUAGUGUUUAAAGUUUGUUAAUCAGCGUUGUUCGACAACCAUAAAAGUUUAAAGGAACUUUUAAAUUUAUACAACGUUUCUAAGUUUAUCACACCUCACAUGAAAGGAAGGACUACGCCCUAAAUAAUCAUGAGGUGGGUACUUGAAGGGAGGGUAUUUCCUGAUGGCCCUUUCACUCCAGUGAUCCGACAGGUAACUGUCCGUUUUAGUUACCAUAGGUUUUUUUUGUAACAUGUUUAAGAGAAUCAAUGUCAUUAUCUGCCUAUUGACAGAGUGAAAGGGCCGGACGGGAAAAUGUUUGGCACGAAGUCGUGAUGUACUUCAUGUUCGAGUGUCCAUCUUUCCCUCCCAGUUAAAUAUCCCACAUUAUGUGACAGCCGGUCUUUCUUCGUUCUUGCAUUUUGCAUUUUGCAUUUUUCAGGGCCGUAAACAUGGCUAUAUGGCUUUUUCCGGCCGUACUUAUUCCAUCAAGUAUGGCCCACUUAUGUUAAAUUAAGAUAAUAUUCUUCAACUAAUGUGUUUGUCUUAACUUACUACCUUUCUGAUAGAUUUUGUAUUGGUGUUGUGAGAACUAACAAGUUAAUUGCUUUUUCUAAUUGAAGAGACAACCAAACAUGCAAUAAUAGAUAUAAUAAUGAAAAGCUGGCCUAUCGAACGCCAAUAUUCUGACCUACAACUAACCUGCUAUCAUGAAAAUGACCCCAAUGGGUCUGAAAUGAUUUGCAAAGCUAUGAAUGUAAAUUCUGUAAAAGAAGACUUCAAGUAAUAUGUUAGCUGUGGGUGGAUUGUUAGGCACAGUGUGGGCCCGUUUUCAGCCGUCCGAUAGGAAUGACCUUCUCUGAAGGAAAUUUGUUAUGGAUUAACCAGUCUAGGUGAUUUUUUUAUCCUUUUAUUUUUCAAUGGUCGGUUUCUUGUUGUCGUCAGUACCUGGGCCAUUCCACUCCCAACUUCGAGUGGGAGUGGGGUGGGAAGAGGUGGAAGGGUUGGAGCUGGGGAUUGACAUCAUCUCUAGACAAUUGUCCAAGCUUUGAUGACGUGCUAACCAAAGUGUCCUCACAUCCUCCCUCUUCUCUUGUUCGCUGUCUUUUCAUAUCCCUGUGUUUCGAUUUGCAAUCGUCAAAUUCGUCGUUAAAAUAUUAAUACUUUUAAAUUCUAGUGUCUCUAGUGAUUCAACUUCCCUGUUGUCAUCACCCCCACCCCCACCCCCACCCCUGUUGUCAUCA